AUUAAUUAAUAUUUAGUUAUUCGUUUUUCGGGGUGCUAUAGAAAAUGGGAGAGGAAGAUUCGGUAGAGAAAGGGAAGUUGAUGAGAAAGGCGAUAGAGAUAUUGGAGCAAGAGAAGAGAAUAAUGGAAGAGAUACCCGACAUGGAAAUGGAAAACAAGACGAAGAGGUUACGACAAGCUUGUUUCAAGGCUAACUACAAGAAGAGAAAGCUCCAAAUGGGAUUCAUCACCGACGAUAAAAUUACUUGUUCGGAAUCUGCGGGCCCCUCCACAAGCGACGUAUAUUCAAGCGGAGUUGAAAACUAUAAUGAAAAUGGCUGUGGUACCAUGGAAGAAUUCGAGUCUUUUUUCUGUUAUGAAUGAUUUUAUUACAUGAAUAAUAAUAUACAUAUAGCAAUGUUUGUUUAGAAGUAUAUAUAGGUGCAGAGUUUGUUUUGAGA